CGUCCUCUACUCCACGAAGUCGUCUCCCUCUCUACAUAAACCCUAACACUGGGGGAAAACCCAAGCGCUCCUCGAAGGGUCGAACCCUAGAUCCCGGUCACUCCACUCUCCUUCUUCCGCUUUCUCUCUCUCUCUCCCUCUCUCCUUCGUCUCUUAGCCAUGGCGAGGGGCCGCCGAUCUGUGGCGCUUCUCGCUCUUAUCUGUGCGCUCCUUCUCCAUUCCAUCGCCCCCGCCUCCGCCGCCCCCAUUCGCCCGAUCUCCGACGCCCACCGAUCCGCCGCGGCGGAGCUCUUCGCCCCGAUCGAUGGAUCCUACGGGAGUUUAGAAGAGACCUACGAGGCACUACGGACAUUUCAGAUACUCGGAGUUGAAAAGAGUGCCGAGCUAAGUCAUGAGACCUGUCUAUCUGUUGCUGAGAAAGUUGGAUCAUCGUCAACGCCAGCAAAGGAUUUGUUCUAUGCGCUAAGGAUCACCAGCAUCUUGGGUUGCCAGAUUGACUCCAGCACCUAUGAUGAAGUUGCAUCAAGACUUCAUGCAGUGUUGAAGGAUGCAAAUUCAUUGCUGGAAUUUUAUUACUCUAUAGGAGGUUUGCUUAGUAUUAAGGACCAAGGUCAUGAUGUUAUCCUAUCUGAUGCUGAUGGUACAUUUCAUGCGAUAAAGGCUCUUAGUCAGAGUGAUGGAAGAUGGCGUUUAGAUACCAAUAGUGCUGAAUCUAGUACAUUUGCUGCUGGGAUAGCGCUUGAAUCGUUAGCAGGAGUUAUUUCAUUGGCGGGUUCAGAGGUGGACCAAUCUAUGAUUGGAGUUGUCAAAAAUGACAUUGUGAAGCUGUUUGGUAGCAUCAAAAGCUUUGAUGAUGGGACCUUAUACUUUGAUGAAAAGCAUGUUGAUGGCAGUGAAUAUAAGGGCCCACUUACAACUUCUGCUUCAGUAGUGCGGGGUGUUAGUGCUUUUGCCGCAGCUGCUUCAGGGAAUCUGAAUAUUCCAGGCGAUAAAAUAUUAGGCUUGGCUAAAUUCUUUCUCAGCAUUGGGGUUCCUGGCACCACUAAAGAUUUCUUUAACCAAAUAGAUUCUUUGUCAUGCUUGGAGAAUAAUAGGGUUUCAAUUCCUUUGAUUCUCUCACUUCCGGCAACAGUACUUUCAUUGACUUCAAAAGACCAACUCAAGGUUGAGGUGACUACAGUGUUUGGUUCUGCUGCACCUCCACUCACAGUGAAUCUGGUACAAGCUUACAGUUCAGAUUCAAAAGACGUCCCUGCCCUUGAGAAUAAGGAACUUCAGUUUGAUGCUGAAAAUGUCGUCCAUUACUUGGAUAUCGCAGCACUGAAAUUAGAUGUUGGGAAGUAUACCUUUGUUUUUGAGGUUACUCUCCAUGACCCAGAUAAUGUGAAUAUAUAUGCUACGGGAGGACAGAACAGCAUAAGGGCGUUUAUCACAGGAUUGAUCAAAGUUGACAAAGCUGAAAUUGGAAUUUUAGACAGUGAUGCUGGGAGUGUGGAGUCCCUACAAAAAUUAGAUCUCUCAAAGGAUAACUCAGUUUCUCUGUCAGCAAACCACUUACAGAAGUUGCGGCUAUCUUUUGUGUUAACCACUCCGCUCGGGCACACCUUUAAGCCCCAUCAGGUGUUUCUUAAAUUGAGGCAUGAAACCAAAGUUGAGCACAUUUUUAUAUUGGAGAGUAGUGCAAGGCAGUACAAAAUUGUCCUAGAUUUCCUAGGCCUGGUGGGAAAAUUUUACUACCUUUCUGGAAAGUAUGAACUUGAACUAACAGUUGGUGAUGCCGCAAUGGAGAAUUCAUUUAUACGAGCCCUUGGUCACAUCGAGUUAGACUUACCUGAACCACCAGAGAAGGCGGCCCGCCCUCCUCCGCUAGCUGCUGAUCCUUUAUCAAAAUUUGGGCCGAAGCAAGAGAUAUCGCACAUAUUUCGGGCACCCGAGAAGAGGCCUCCAAAGGAGCUCUCUCUUGCAUUUUGGGGUCUUACUCUCUUACCUUUCUUUGGAUUUCUAUUUGGGCUGACAAAAUUAGGAGUGAACUUAAAGAGCUUCCCUUCUUCACCGGUUCCUGCUGCUUUCUCCAUCCUCUUCCAUGCCGGCAUUGCAGCAGUUCUGUUGCUCUACGUGCUCUUCUGGCUUAAGUUGGAUCUCUUCACAACUCUGAAGAUUCUCGGAUUCCUGGGACCUUUUCUAGUGUUUGUGGGUCAUAGAACCCUUUCCUAUCUCGCGUCAACCUCCACUAAGCAAAAGGCAGCUUGACAGGGUAUUAAUACUUGGAUUUUGUAGGAACCUGCUAUUACUGUAAACACCUCGAAUUUUUUUUUGGUCUUUCUUAGUGAGGGAAUCAACUUAUGGAAGCCGAAUCUUCUUGACUCCCAAAAUUUUAAUUUGAUAGUGUUGAGCAGUAAUUGAAACUGUUGCUGGAACUGAUGAGGAUCUCACAUUUAUCUCGGCUUGUCCCAGUAUUAAGAAUGCUUUUGUAUGUUCUGAUGGGAAAGAGCUUAGCUUUUCCACUGCCUUUUAUUUUUC